CACUAUUUCUCAAUAACCAACGUAAAAAGAGAAGAAGAAGGGCAUAAAUGGAGAAAGAUGAUCAAAACACAUGUUCCAUUUCGCCUCUGAUACAAAUAUCCAAAGAAGAUGGAUCUGGGUUUUAUCCUGAAAACGAUAUUAAUAUUAAUGUAAAGGAUAACACCGGGUGGAGGGAGAUUUCUGAGGAAGUUAAGAGGCAGCUAUGGCUUGCUGGGCCUCUCAUCAGCGUCAGUCUCUCUUUGUUUUUGUUACAGGUUAUCUCUGUCAUGUUUGUGGGUCAUCUGGGUCAGUUGGCUCUCUCUGGUGCCUCAAUGGCUACUUCCUUUGCUUCUGUCACUGGCUUCAGCUUAUUGGUGGGGAUGGCAAGUGCAUUAGACACCUUAUGUGGCCAGUCAUACGGAGCAAAGCAAUAUCAUAUGCUGGGGAUACACAUGCAAAAAGCUAUGUUUGUACUUAUCUUUGUCAGCAUUCCCCUAGCUAUUAUCUGGGCAAACACAGGACCAAUUCUAGUUGCCUUGGGUCAAGAUCCUGAGAUAUCAGAAGCUGCUGGAAUAUAUGCUUGUAGUAUGAUUCCGAUCCUUUUUGCAUAUGCACUUGUGCAGUGCCUUGUUAGAUUCUUACAAGCCCAAAACAUUGUUUUCCCAAUGAUGCUAUGCUCUGGAAUCAUUACCUUAAUGCACAUCUUCGUCUGCUGGGUUCUGAUAUUUGCGUUCAACAUGGGAUACAGAGGAGCUGCUCUGGCAAACUCAGUCUCCUACUGGAUGAAUGUUUUGUUGUUGGUAUUGUUUAUCAAGUUCUCAGCUUCAUGCAGAAAGUCUUGGACUGGUUUCUCAAAGGAUGCCUUUCAUAAUAUUCCCACUUUUCUUAAACUUGCUAUUCCUUCUGCUGUCAUGGUCUGCUUUGAGAUAUGGUCAUUUGAGAUGAUGGUUCUCUUGUCUGGUCUUCUUCCUAACCCGAAAUUGGAAACUUCGGUACUUUCUAUCAGCCUCAACACUGCUUCAACUGUUUGGAUGAUUCCCUGUGGACUAGGAGGUGCUGUGAGUACUCGGGUGUCAAAUGAACUAGGAGCUGGGCAUUCACAAGCUGCGCGUUUAGCAGUAUAUGUUGUCCUGAUAUUAGCUGUUAGUGAAGGCCUUGUUGUUGGAUUAGUGAUGAUAUUUGUACGAAAAGUCUGGGGCUAUGCCUACAGCAAUGAUGCAGAUGUGCUGAAAUAUGUUUCAGAAAUGAUGCCAAUUCUUGCCAUAUCUAACCUGAUAGAUGGAGUACAGGCGGUCAUUUCAGGCACUGUUAGAGGAUGUGGUUGGCAGAAGAUUGGUGCUUAUGUCAAUCUUGGAUCAUAUUAUCUGGUUGGGAUCCCCAUUGCAGUUCUAUUUGCUUUUGUAUUUCACACUGGCGGAAAGGGCCUUUGGCUGGGUAUCAUUUGUGCACUCAUUGUGCAAAUGGUGUCUCUUCUUGUUAUCACUGCACGCACUAAUUGGGAGCAAGAAGCAAAGAAGGCUAAAGAUAGAGUCUAUGACAAUAUGAUCCCGGUAGAUAUGGUAUCAUGAGGUUGAUAAAAUUUCUGCAUUGCUUAUGAAGGAGAAGUUUCAUCACUCGAAAAUUCAACAAGAAUGCCAUACUAUGUAUGUACAUUACUUUGUCACAACUGUCAUUUGAUAGUUAUUUAUGCCAGAACUUAGUUUUGAUUUCCUGUUUUGACACAGAGGAAAGCCUCCUGUUUGUACCAGGAGAGAGUGAAAAACGAAAAAAUGUACUUGGAUCGAGUUGAUUACCAUUCUUCCUUUUCGAAGCUUAGUUUUCAAGAAAACCAGAAUCAAUUAGAAUUUUGACUGAGGGACAAAUUACUUUCCAAAAAUAUUUUGCUGAUGCUACUUUACUGAAUCAUGACGAUUUGAAAGUUUUAAAAUGUUCACUUUCUUUGUGGUUCUUAGAUUCACUUAAUUGUUGAUCUUGGUUAAUGAGUUCAAUAAGAUGCAGAAUCAUGAUCACUCCGUCAAUUGCUGGUUUAUACUUGCGGUGAAUUGGAAAUUGAUUGAUUAUUAAUUACUUCUGUCAUAAGAUAUUUAAGUUAGUUGAAGAAAGGUUCCUCUUAUAUCAUAUUAUUAUGAUUUAGGCUAUUCAGAGGUUGAAAUGUCCAAGGACAUCUCAUGGCCCCUAGAGCGAGGUCAAGCAUCAGUAGGUUCAUUGUUGCCACUUAUUAGCAGCCAGAGGGUAAUUCCAGGAAAAAUAAUACCUUUUCUUAUUGGUUUUUUUUUUUGCUUAGUUAAAUCCUUUCUUAUCUGGUUAAUUCCAGCUUUCAAUA